AUGACGAGCCCAGUUGUCCAACAACCAGUGGCUCUGGUUAGUUCAGUGUCCUUUGGCCCGAAUCCUGCAUCACUUCCAUGCAAUAUUUGUAUGAAUAAGAUCACCACUACCGUAAACUAUCGGAGAGGCAUAUGCACUUGGCUGGCAUGCAGUGGAAUAGCAUUGGUUGGAGGGAUACUUGGUUGCUGUUUAAUACCAUUCUACGUGAAUUCCUGUAAGGAUGCAUACCAUAGCUGUCCAGAGUGUGGAACUUUGCUUGGAGUUUAUAAACGUAUUUAAAAUUUGAACAUAUGUUUCUUCUGUUAGCACUUACAAAAGCUAAUUCUCUAUCUAAUGCAAUUUGUGAUCUGUCGUUCAAAGAUAAGCCUCUUUUUUUCAAGUUAAUUUAAUAAGUCGAAAUACAGAAAAGUAAGCAGUAUGAAGAUUCUAUUCUAACCGUUUGUUUGUAUCACAUUUGUAUUGUUAAAGCAGCAUAACACAUUGUGACUUUAUUCUCAUUACUUAAAUUAACUUAUAUUCAUCAUUAGAUUACCA